GAAGGUUAAAGGUGUGUGUAUUAAUUGUAACCAUCGAACUGGUUGUUCGAAGCUAAGUCUCGCUUCUCCAUCUUUAAAUUAAAUCAAAUAUGGCUGAACCGUUCUAAUCUACUUUUAAAUAUUUGAGAUAUCCGAUGUUAUCGAGAGUUGAUUAUGGUCUUGGAAUGUUAAUAAAUGUCUAAUUAAUAGUUUUUAUCACAUUACAGGCCGAAAGAAAGACCUGCAAAGAGCAGAUUUAACUCUUGCAUAAUGUAUGUUUAAUAUUAUUCCAUAAUGUAUAUACAUUUAGACAGGUAAUUAGACGGGAAUUAAAAUUACAGUCAAUGGGAAAGUUGUUGGUGAUCCGAGGACGUGUAUUGUAGGGUGGUGAGGGUCGCCUCCGGUCCCUCCGGUGUCCCCCAACUGCUAAAGAUCAUAUGCGCAAGUGAAUUAUUAAACUGGAUUUGCACCAUAUGUUAGUCCUCAAAUGACCAGGUUUGUGUCGAUUGAACGUUAAACCCUCUCUCGUCGUGGGGGGUUGGAUGGCUGAAUGGUAAGCGUCCGCGCGCUGUAUCAUAAAGUCUGUCAUUGAGUCGACUGGCGUGGUUUCGAAUCCGCGGUUGUACGUGACAAGGAGUAGGGUCGCCUGUCCAACCUCGUGGGUUUUCUCCGGGUCCUCCGGUUUCCUCCCACUGCUAAAGACCCCUACGCGCAAGCGAGUUGUUGAAAUAAAAUUAAACCAUGUGUUAGUCCCGAAAUGACCUAGUUUGUGUCGAGUGGACGUUAAACCCCAUUUCUCUCUCUCUCUCUCUCUCUCUCUCUCUCUCGUCGUUUCAAGUGCUUGUAUCUGACAAGGAGUAGGGGUUGGGUAUACCUCCGGGCUACCCCCACUGCUAAAGACCCCAAUCUCUUUCUCUCAACGUUAACUCGUGGAGUGAUUAAUGACGUUAAGCUGAUUAGAUUAUAAAUUAAUUUGUAGCAAUUGUUGAUAAUAUAAACAAGCACAGGUUGCCAAGUAUCAAAUAAAGGAACUAUUUAAAAGAUUUGAUAGUAACCCCCAUGAAAGAAGAAGAAAAACAAUCCUAGUAUUCGUAUAUUACAUUAAUUAGGCUGAAAUAUCACUCAAGGUGGAAGCGGGGGUAAAUCUAUUUAAUUAGUAUUGUACUAGAUCAUGUCUAGUUAAUUAAAAGGAAACGUAAAGUACUGAAUACUUACAUGUACUAAGUAAAGUAAUCUUCUGUAAACACCAUUUCGAAAAAAAAUCUUGAGGCUUGAUAACUAACACUUAAACGUUAUGUAAGUAUGUAUGUUAUUUUAAACGCGUCCUCUUGUUGUUGCCAACUAAUUGUACAGUUAUCUUCCAUAGAAGCUAUUUUCAGAUGAACAGUGUAACCUUGAUAUCGCCAUAUCUCAUUAUUUUUGGAAAGUUAUUUUCGUUGUUUUAGAAAAUGACAGCUUUUGAUUACUCGAGCUAAUACAAUACGUUGUUUUCCAAAACAUCUUAAAUUACCGCUUUUAAUAUAUUCCAACAGGGCUUCAUCUGUAUGUGGAUAUAUUGUGCACAGGUUCAAGUACAUUAAGAUAUUCACAUUGUUGUUUUGUUUGGAUCGUCAUGUUUUAAUAUACAUUUCAGAUAAAAGAAAACUGUAUUUGGGGUGUUUUAUAUAGAUAAUGGAUGUAAUGUCUUUAUUUCGACGUCCGAAGGUAUAUGUUACAAGACGAAUUCCACAAAAAGGAGUGGAUGUGUUGUUACGAGACUGUGACGUAUCCAUGUGGGAUUCAGAAAAUACAGUUGUUCGAGGAGAGUUAUUAUACAAUGUCGCUGGUGUAGAUGCCAUCUUGUGCAUGGCCAACGACAUCAUCGAUUCUGUUGUAUUAGAUGCAGCAGGUUCUAAUCUGAAGGUAGUAGCUACAAUGUGUAAUAGUUUAGAUGAUAUUGAUGUAGAAGCGUGUAAUAAAAGUGGAAUUAGAGUAUUAUCUUGUCCUAAUCUUUGUAGCGAGGGUAAGGCUGACCUCACUGUAUCUCUCAUGUUAUUAACUUUGAAACGAGCUGCAACGGACCCAAGAAACCUUACAGUUGGAUAUUCUGUAACUAAUUCUGCUUGUUGGGAAAAGUGCGCCAAUCAGAUUUUUGGUAUUUAUGGAUUAAAUACUACUGGUGAAACAAUUGCUAAACGAUUAAAAGAAGUUGGUGUUAAUUCAAUAAUAGCAUUUGAUUCGAACUCAAACAAACUGUGGAAUAACGUUGAAUCAUCUGUUAAAGUAGUAGAUUUUGCAGAUUUAUUAACACAGUCAGAUGUUCUGUGUAUUUGUGAUCAAAACGCCGAUAAAUCAAAUACUCGAUUUAACAAGGAUGCAUUUAAACAGAUGAAAACAAACGCCGUGAUUGUUGUCGGAGAGAAUGGGCUAUCAGAGAAUUUGGACUACAUCAGUUUAUAUGAAGCUCUUCGAGAUGGCAAAUUCCUGGCAGCAGGAAUCAAUUCAUGCAACCAAGGUCCUGUUCCAUUUCAAUAUCCCUUAUCAGGACUUCAUAACUGUGUCUUUUUACCCCAGACACAGGAAAGUGCUUUUGACGUACGGCAUAAGACCUCUGUAGCGGUGGCCAGUAGACUUCUCACUGAACUUAAAUACGUGCAGGCAUCAAAUUGAAAGGCUGAAAUAAACUAAACCCAAUUCUCUGAUGUAAAUAUUAUGGUUAGAUAAGUUUUCAGGUGUUUAAUGAAAUCAAGGAGAUUUGAGUUUGAUUGUAUAUCUCUCUGAACACGUGGGUGUAAUACUGAGAAACAUAAUUUAAUAAUAAUUAUUGUAAUGUAUUAAUAUAAAAUAUACUGAAAUGUUAUUUAAUAAUUCUUAAUACGCAUUAAUUGUUGCAAUUUUGCAUUGUGUUAUUACACGCUUUAUUUCUACUUCAAUAUACUAAAUUCAUAAACGCAUAAUAUUUUACACAUAUUUUACUUUAUCCAAGUAACGGUCAUUAUCAUUUAAAAUUACUGGCAUAAAUAUGUAAAAAAAAAUGUACAUUCUUUAAAUGCAAUUUCUUACAUUAUAUCUAAUAUAUUUUCCCUUUUACACCUUUCAUCAAAGGAAAAAAGCCGAUAUCAUAAUUCAUUCCAUUUUGCUGUUUAGCAAUGUUUUACUGUUUAUAUUUAUAUAAAGAAGUUAUUUUUACCACACAC